ACCGUUGGACGCAGCGCAAUCCGCUUGGCCUUAAGCCGCGCCGGCGCCGCGCCCAAUCCUCCCAACCCAGAGAUCAGCGUGCUUCCAACCCCAUCUUGCCAUCUCCGCUUCCCCUUUCCCAACUCCAAUCUCACAUCGAACUCAGAUCUUUCCCCAAGAGACCGCCCCUUUCCCUGUUUCCUCCCCCCACAUAGAUCCCGUUCUUGGACAAGAAACCUUGCUGCCAUGGCGGAGCCGGCCAAGAACGACGCCCACAUCGUGGAGAUCCCUGUCUCCGUCGACGGGGGCGAGGCGGAGGCAGCCGCGUCCCUCGACAAGACGACGGUGGAGGUGGAGGCAGGCGGGGCCCACCCGCUCGGGGAGAUCGCGGCGAGCGCGGGCCACCUGCUCCUGCUCAAGCUGUGGCAGCGGGAGGAGGACCGCCUGGGCCGCCGCGCGUGCGCGCUGGAGUCGCGCAUGGACGCGGCGCGCCGGGACGCAUUCUACCUCUGCGCGGCCUUCCUCGCCUUCCACGGCCUCUCCCUCGCGCUCCUCUUCGCCGCGUCCGUGGCCGCCGCCGCCGCCGACGGCGGCGGCGGCCAGGCGAGCGCCGCGUGCAGGAGGUGGUGGGCGCCAUCGUCGCUGUCCCUGGCGGCGUCCCUCGCGCUCGCCGCGGCCGUGCAGCUCCGGGUGUGCGCCUACUGGCGCGCCGCCGCGCGGCUGCGCCGGGAGCGCGGCGACGCGCGGGCGCUGGCGCGCGCCGUGCAGGAGUUGCGCAUGAAGGGCGCGGCGUUCGACCUGUCCAAGGAGCCGCAGUACGGGGUGACGAGGGCCAAGUGCGCCAGCGUCGAGGGCGCCGGAGCAUGGGCGCCGCUCCGGUGGUGCCAGCAGAACGUCGUCACCGCCUGCCUGCUUGCCGCCGCCGCCGCCGCGUUGCCCUCCGGCAAGUUCAUCCUGUGCGCGUAGAAUGAACGCCAAAAUUUCUGCCUGCUUGUUUGCAGGGACGCCAGCUUCUUGAGCAGAUCUGGGAAAACGGAAGAGGGAAAUUGCAGAGUGUUCAUCGCUGCAUCGGGGACAGAUCACUACUUGUGCUCCCUUGCAAAGAGAGACCCCCGAGCCCAGGAAGAUAGUGCUACAAGGCAAUAACAGGCUUAACAUCGUAGUAAAUUCUUUUUCCCUGCCCUGAAAUGAUUGAAGGGCGCAUUCUUUUGUGGUAAUUUUUACAGUAGCUGGAGCUUGAGUUGUAUGUUCUUGGGCCUUCUAGCAUGAAAAAUCUGUGCAUUUUCAGCCCAUUCAAAAGUGAUUCUCCUUGCAAAAGUGAUCAGGGUUCUCACACCUAAAACCGUAAAUUGUAUCGGCUCCAGAUCAAUUCGCUAAAACACUUUUGGGGACUGGUGUCA